AUGGUGGAAAUUGAUCAUACUUGUGCCAUGUGUGGGAUCAUGAAUGAAGACACUAUGCAUUCUCUAGUCAUGUGUGAUUAUGCCAAUUCUAUUUGGACUCAAUCCCACCUUCCAAUCCCCUUAAAUGUGACAAAUAUUUUUCAUGCUUGGUUUAGUGAUCUCUUGAAUAGCCUAGACACUAAUGGGAUUAUCUAUGCAGCUGCAAUCUUAUAUUAUAUUUGGAAGGCAAGAAACGGAGCGGUAUGGGAUGCAUGUCUACCACGACGACGGAGGGUUAUAGCCGCCGAAGCCAUAGCAGUCAUGCAUGCAUGGCGUCAGGUACACCCUGACCGAGGCCAUUAUAUUGCAGACGAGACUCCUGUACACCUGGAAGCUACAGCCACAUUGUCGCCGCAAAAUACUGCUGCCGCACACACGGCCGCAUUGCUGGAGCUCUCGGCCGUAGCUGCUACAGGACGGAGACGAUGCUUGCUCGACGCUGGGUAUUGGCACGAGACAGGCAAGGCUACCAUUGGGGCGAUUAUUCUCAGCGAGGAUGGGAGGUAUGUCUCGGCUUUCAAUGCUCCCUUACCGGAUUGCUCAUCUCCACUUAUGACCGAGGCAUUUGCAUGCAAUGAAGUUUUGUCGUGGUUAUGGGACCGUGGAGUACGAUCUAUAGAGCUAUUCACGGAUUGUUUAACACUACAACAGUACCUAUCAUCUGCAACUACUCUAUUCCGAUCAUAUAUCGGUUAUGCUUUUGAUACCUGCAGAACUCGAAUUGCUUCCUUUGAGUAUUGUUUAGUCAGUUUUAUUCCUAGAUCAGAUAAUUACCUAGCUUAUAGCUUAGCUUCUACUGCUUUUACUCAGACUUCUGUUAUGUACUGGGACUCUGUCGCACCAAACUCUAUUUCAUCACAUUUUGAAUAA